GUCAAACACCGCACUCACUCCGCUGCCAACCACGCACUUCGAACGUCGUCAUUUAAUUCUUCCACUGUCCACUUUCUUAUUGAUAAGUACUGUUUUGAGCAAUUGUCAAAAAGUGCAAAUUUUAAUUUGUAAAACGAGAGUAGAAGACGUCUGAGCAAAGAAUGGACGAUUUUCAGUACUGAUUGUCGUUGGAACGAAAGUUGUGCUCUAUCAAUCAUCGGAAGUGAAAUUGUGAAUUGACCUUGCAUCUUACAAACAAGGAUCAGUAUUGAUUAAGUCAUCCCAAGAAGAAGUCCAGUCGUAGGGCAUAUGCGUUAAAUGUGAUUCUGACAUCAAUUUAUUAUCGCGGAACGCAUUUGGGAAGUCAUUACGAUGAAGCAAAGAUUUCGCUGGAGGACGGCAGCAGUGACCUCCUUGCUGUGCCUACUUAACUUUUCUCUUCCGGAGCUAGGGUCAGCUUCUCUGACCUUUCAGCAAGGGAUUGGAGGAGGUGGAAGACCUGAUCGCUCUAUAGCUGAAAUUUAUGAACCCACCGUCGAUACAGAAAACUCGGAGGUUCACGACCUCUUUGAUAACAAUGAAGGAUCGCCAUUACACACUCUAAAUCGCAAGAGGAGAGAAGUCACGGCUCCUGCCACUAAUAAUCAUGCUGUUAAAAAUUACACGAAUGUGCUAAAUGAUUCACACAACCAACUUUUGGUGCACUGGGCUGGGGAGAAAGUGAUAAUUUGUCUAGCUCGAGAUACCAAAGAAAAUUCGACUUCAACCCUCUUCAUAUCCAAAGAUUAUGGGAGCACGUUCAGAAACGCCUCUGACGCCCUUCUAGUCAAGGGAAAGCCGUUGCCAACUGUUGAAAAGUUUUACAAAUAUCCUGAUGACUCUAUUAAGGGACUGUUUAUAUUCACCGAUGUCCAACACAAAUAUAUAUUCACCACUCAAAAUUUUGGCGACAAUUUUACCAGUACUGAGAUCAAGUUUACUCCAGAAGAAAUCAUUUUUGAUCCACUGGAACCAAAGAAUGUUAUUGCCUAUGAGAAAAAGACUAAGGACAGACAGAUGUGGGUAUCUCAAGAUUAUGGAGGAACGUGGAAGAAAGUCCAAGAACAUGUGCGAGCCGUUUCGUGGGACGAAACUGUUUUCCCACCUACAUUAUUUAUUCAAAGGGAAGAACCAAGUGGAAUGUCAAUCAUUAUAUCAUCUGAAUCACUCUUUCUGGAUCCCAAAGACACUCAUGUGGUGCUGACUGACGUGGACGAGUUUCAGAUUAGAGAGGACUAUAAAUUUGCUACUAGGAAAGCUUCAAAUUCAACAGAGACGUUUGGUACCUUGGAAUUGUUGAUCUCUUACAAGCAAGGUCCAUUUCUACCAGCUAUUUUCCCUGUGGAUCACACGACCUUGACCCCAGCAUUGCAUUAUCAUGUCGCCGAUGUUUCAACGGAUGGACAGAUUUUUGUAUGUGUCGUUCAUAAUGAAAGCCUUGUACAUUUGUACGUCGGAAAUAUUCCAGAAGAUGGUGCUAGCAGUUCACGAUUUUCACUAUCUUUGGAACGCAUUUUAUUUUUUAAACCGAAUUUGACUUUUACCGACUCUUGGCUCAAUGAUGUCACAGAUGAAGCAUUUGCUGACCUUCAUCCAGUAGAUGGCCUUAGAGGAGUUUACAUUGCAAGCCAACUAAAGCCAUCAGCCGUCUCAAGUACAAAGUUUACUAUCGACCAAGUAAUUUCUGUUAUCACUUACGAUCAAGGAGGGGAAUGGGUAACUCUGAAGCCUCCUCAGUUCGAUGAUGAUGAAAACCCAAUCUACUGUCACUAUACAAGCAUAAAACCGGGUGGCAAUUGUUCGCUGCAUAUUAGUCAACAGCUAAGUCUGCUUUAUCCAAGCUACAGAGCAGUUCCGAUCCUAUCCAAAAAAUCAGCCGUUGGUCUUAUCUUGGCAACAGGGACUGUAAAUACGACCCUAAAGGGACGUCUGGGCGUAUUUAUGUCUAAUGAUGGAGCUGUAUCUUGGAGACAGCUUCUUCAAGGAAAUUACCUAUAUAGCUUUGGAGAUCAUGGAGGAAUCAUUGUGGCGACAAAGUACUACCGAAUCGGUGAUGCAACGGACCACCUCAUUUACUCCACUAACGAAGGAGAAUCAUGGGAAACUUAUAAAUUUUCCGAUGAGAAAGUUCGCGUAUUAGGAUUAAUGACUGAGCCUGGAGAAAAUACCACCGUCUUCUUUAUUUUUGCGUCAUCCAUGAACUCUACGUUUAAGCAUUCUUGGAUUCUUAUUAAAGUUGACUUCCGAGACGUUUUUGAGCGAAAUUGCACAAAGGCUGAUUAUUACAACUGGUCGCCUUGGGCCAGCCAGCCAGGCAGAUCAUGUCUCUUGGGUCAAAAAGAGGAAUAUCAAAGACGAAUAUCAAAAACAAAUUGUUACAAUGGCCUGGGAUAUGUUAGACCAGUGGUAACCAAAACCUGUAUCUGUGAGCGAAGUGAUUACGAGUGCGAUUUUGGGUACAUGGAAGAUCCCACUGAAGGAAGUCGAAAAUGCAUAAAGGAUAAUUCAGAGUCCAGUCCAGGAGUAAAAGCUGAAUGGUGUCAACCCGGAUCUACAUCUUACAACAAGACUAAAGGAUAUCGAAAAGUGCCAGGAGACCAAUGCCAUGAAACGGACGAUGUUUCGCAAUUUCUUCCAGAUACAAUCCUGUGCAAAGUUCCAGAAGAACUCGAGUUUAUGCUUGUAGCAAAACGAGAUUCUGUAAUGAGAAUUGACAUCAACAACUUCAAGUCAAUCGAAACUCUACCCUUGCCCCGAGUGAAAUCUGUAAUAGCUAUUGAUUUUGAGCUAAAAAAUCAUUGCUUGUAUUGGUCUGAUGUUUCGCGAGAUCAUAUUAUGCGUCUUCAUUUGGAUGGAAAAAGCUCUCCGGAACACUUGGUUUCAUCGGGGUUGAAAUCUGUCGAAGGAAUUGCCUUUGACUGGAUAUCACAUAAUUUGUAUUUUAGCGAUGGAGUAGAAGGAAAAAUUGAAGUAAUUCGAACUACCUCACAUACCUAUGGGAGAAUGCGCAAAGUAAUUGUCAAGCAACCUAACCUUGAGAAACCUAGAGGUUUAGUUGUCCAUCCAGUUAAAGGAUAUAUAUUUUGGACUGAUUGGUCGGCGGAUAAACCAUCAAUUGGAAGAGCGCUUUUGGACGGGUCAGAAGCUAAACGUAUUGUUGAAAAUGUUCCUGGAAAACCGCAACUUGUUAAAUGGCCAAAUGGAAUCACUGUCGACUAUAAAUCUAAUCGCUUAUACUGGGUGGAUGCAUUCUUGGACUCAAUGACGACUUCCGACUUGAAUGGACAGGAUAUACAACAUUUCCUGGAAACCGACAAUCGAAUUAAUCAUCCAUUCGCAGUAGGAGUAUACAAAAACCUGGUGUAUUGGGAUGAUUGGACAACGCGAUCUAUAUAUUUUACUAAAAACGAUGUGAACGACCCAAAGAAGUCAAUAUUCUUGGUCCUUGGGAACUAUUCUAGACUGAUGGAUCUAAAGGUGUUUGGACAUCAUAAUUCUCAAGAAGGCACAAACGCUUGUUUCAACAACUCCUGUUCACAUUUAUGCUUUGCCAUGCCCAACAAUACGGCUGUUUGUGAAUGCCCUGACGGGCUCAAGAGAUCAGAAAAUGAGUCAAACUUCUGUGUUUGUCCUGAUGGAAAACCAGUUAAUACGAAUGGAACUUGUCAGUCAACCUGCGAUCCCUCCGAAAAUUUCUUUAAGUGUGCUUCUGGAUAUUGCAUUCCCAUUGGGUGGAAAUGCGAUGGCGAUGAUGACUGCAAUGAUAAUAGUGACGAAAUAGACUGUGAUAGACCCAUCUGCAAUGCGUCUCAGUUCCAAUGUGAGAUCAAUCACAAAUGCAUACCAGAUACUUUCCGGUGUGACUUCGAUCACGAUUGCGGUGGCGGUGACACAUCAGACGAACAUAAUUGCGAAGGAAAAUAUCCCGUUUGUAAUGCUACCAAUCACUUUCAGUGUGACAAUGGACGAUGUAUCAUGAAGAAAUGGGUGUGUGAUUUCGAUGAUGACUGCGGCGAUGGGGGUUCAGACGAGAAAAACUGUACUGCUGCUCCUCCGCCGGCAAAUGCCUGCAAGGACAAUGAAUAUAAAUGCCAAGGUCCAGGUGAAGUACGAUGUCUGAGUAGAGAAUGGGUCUGUGAUGGAGACAAAGAUUGCCCUUCUGGGUCGGACGAGGAACAAUGCAACAAUACUACUUGCCCCGCAUGGAAAUUUACCUGUACAUCAGGCGAAUGUAUCAUGAGUUCAUGGAGAUGCGACGGUGAUAAUGACUGUCCUGAUAGCUCUGAUGAAGCCAAUUGUAAUUCUACAACACCAACACCAAGCGACGCUCGUCCGUUUUCUAUCGGAAACUGUUCUGAAUUUGGUCAAAUGUUUGAGUGCCGUUCUUCCCAUGAAUGCAUUCCCAUUUUCUGGAAAUGCGAUGGCGCCAAGGAUUGUUUGGAUGGAAGCGACGAAGCCAGAUGUGCAGACAGUAGCUAUUCUGAGCCAGAAAGUAAGGUUACGCCGGAAAGUCCUCCACAGAAUUGUGCACAAGAUCAGUGGAGAUGCAAGUCAAGCUCUUGUAUUGCCGUAAGCUCACGUUGCGAUGGAUUUCCCGACUGUCCUGAUCAAGAUGAUGAAGAUAAUUGUGACCGGGAUGGUCAAGGAUGUCCCCAUGGGUUUGAAAAAUGUGGAAUGUCAAAAGUCUGUAUUCCCCAAGCUGCAAUGUGCGAUGGAUUUAAUGACUGUCCAAAUGGGGAAGACGAAUCAGCAUGUGUCUCUGCUCCUGUAAAACCUAAUUGUAGUGUUGGAACAUUCUUUUGCGAUGAAAUGUGUAAACCACAAUAUAUGAUUUGCAACAAGAAAGUUGAUUGUUCAAAUGGAGAAGACGAAAGUCCCUUCAUUGACUGUAGCAAACAUGAGACAAUGUAUCAGGUUGCUGGAAUCUCAAUUGAUCGAGACUUUCAAGAACCCAAGCACUUGGAGAUUGAAUGGUGGUUAGAUCCUACUUUGAAGGGCAGCAUGGAGUUUCUUCCGUCCUAUUGUGAACUAGAAUCUAAACUUUGCGUCAACGCUACAAUGUGGACCAAGGACAGAAACUAUACAUUGGGAUCUGAAGAGAAUAAGGGGUUGCGAACCUUCACUGCUUACUCUGUUACUGUUUAUGUUCGCAUUGGACAAACUAUCUACCCACCAGCAGUAUAUAAGAAUAUCACAACAUCUGAAGCAGAACCGAGCCUCGUAUAUGACAUUAAGGUUUUCCAAACCAAUCAUGACUCUCUAACUAUCACAUGGAAGCAACCUGUAACUCCGAAUGGAAAAAUCUUGGGUUAUGAUGUUCAUAUGCGUCCACCAGCUCCUGGGGUCAGUUUCCCUGCUACAGGGACCAAUGUAACGAUUUCAAACAAGCAAUCUCAUCGAAUUUUCCAGAAUGGUGAAACAUAUACAUUCUGGGUUACUGCACACAAUAGUUUCACGGAGAGUCAAAAUUCAAAAACAGUAAACUAUACAUUCAAUGGGGAGAUUGCUUUUGUUAGCGAAUUGAUGGUUAAAGAUGUGAACGAGACUUGUGCAAGUAUUUCUUGGAAAGCCACUACCGAGAGAGCUAAUAGCUUUAAAGUCAAAUGGGAGAUGUUGGGAUCCAUUUACAUGUUUCAAAAUUUCUCAGAAACAAAUGAUACAUUUAUCACUUUGCACGAUCUCUCUCCCAAAACGAACUACAAAGUAACCAUCACUCCUGUGUACGAUUCAGUUCAGGGGACUUCCGAGACAUUGACAUUUGCAACAAAUGGGAACAAGUUGCUAAAAGUCAAAGGACUUCAAGUUGAUUACUCUAAAAAACACGGUACAGUUACCGUAAGCUGGCAAUUAUUUCCUGAUCGACGGUGGGUGUAUGGUGUCUAUUAUGGAAAAUCAAUUUCUGAGAUUUCCAAUCAGGGAGUUCGAAAAAUCACAAAUGCCAGUUCCUUCGUCCUUGAUGAUCUCGAUGCAUGUGAAGACUAUUUAAUUGAUGUAGGAUUGAUUGGCCCAGAUGGUCUUGGUCCUCUUACUGAAUCUCCAAAAGAAAUACAAACCAAAAUGGAUGAAAAGGCUCCUCCGAAAAAUGUAGACGUAUUUUAUGAACAUGAUUCACCUCAUCGGUUAAAUAUUGUUGUGUCCUGGGAUGCAUCUUGUGAUGAGUUGGAAAACCCUAUGAGCUAUGAUAUAUAUCUACGCGAACUCACCACAAAUCAUACUUACGCAGUGAAAAAUAUGCCGAUUGAUGGUCCAAACAAGAAGAAAACUAACGAAUACAGUACUGAUAUAGAAUAUGGAGGACAUUACGAACUUCGAGUGAAGACUAGUGUCAAUGGGUCUCGAUUCUCGCCUCCUGUGGCCUUUGACGGCCCACCAAUUCCCCCUCCAGAAAGUCUUGAUCAAUGUGCAGGGUGUUUCCCAAUCACCAUUUUUUGGGAGAUGCCCCAUUUUCCCCAUAGUGUUAAGGCCAAAGGAGAUCCAAGAUAUGUUGUGUGGUUGUCGAAAGAUAAGUCAUUCAACUCUUCUUCAACUACGAGACAUGUUACGGAUGGUCAUCAAUUUGAGUUUAAGGAUUUGAUCAACGAUGAUGGUGUCUACUAUGUGGCUGUAAGUGCCAUGGAUGCAGACAGUUUUGAAUCACCGAGGUCAUCCCCAAUGACUUUGAGAAAUACAGUGACAUCCCCACGGAUUAUGAUUAGUACAAAUAACGCCCUCGUAAUCGUUCUGACCGCUGUGGUUGUGAUUGUGAUAUUGGUCGCUACCCUGGGAAUUUAUGUAAUUCGACACAAGAGACUUCAAACGUCGUUUUUGAAUUUUGCUAGUUCACAUUACAGCACACAUUCAGGUGCUGCAACUUUUCAGCAAAAUAAUACCGUGGAAGAUCACGACUCGCCUGUCAUUCGUGGAUUUUCAGACGACGAGCCUUUACUAAUUGCUUAAAAAACAAAAAUACCUACUAAAAUAAUUUGACUUAGAUCUUUGAUACACGAGACUUAUUAACUAGGAUUUAUCGCAAUUGAAUGAAAGUCUUCAGCGCACAGUUUAUAACUAUCGAAAAAUAUUUUUAUGUAAACCUUUUUUCGUUUUUUUUCUCAUUGUUUUAUAAUAUCUAUUUACAUAUAUAUAUAUACGAAUACGUACUGGAUCAGAGAACAAUUUCGAAAUGUAAUGACUGUUACCUUACCAUGUGAUACUCUAAGAUUAAGGGUAAGAAUUAUUGUAAAAAAACUGAAAAACAAUGUCUUGGAGUCACUUUUUACACUUUAUAAUAUUAUACGCAGUGAUAAUUUGGUUAAUUGUUUUCGAAAUAGUUCCUACUUUUUAUGCACUGCAUUCGUUGAAAUCGAUCAUCACAUCAUGUGUCAUGUAGAUGCUUUUUUCAUAAGCUCAAGUCGCUUGAAUUAAUUUACUUUAAAAUCAAUUCAACUUAAAUCAUUGGUGCGCUUUUGAUGUUUUAAAUAUUUAAUAAUUACAUUUCUUAGUCACAACAAUUUAUAAAACGCAUAUUAUACUUGUAAUAAUAAUAAUAUAAUAACUGGCAAGACUAGUUUUAUUUUUUGCAGUCAUUCAGUAUUUCGUCAGGCAAAUGUCCAUUAAUCGUCUAAGGUUUUGGGACGACAAAUUAUUUAAUAAUCAUUUAUUAGUCACUUUAUAAAUGCUGUUUUAAUCAAACUCACGUUUAUAUGCUAAUUCAAGUCAGGUUUGAAUAUUUAAUGCUAACGUUAUGUGUCAAGAUUUCGAUGAAUUUAUCCUGUAAUAAUAUAUAAUUUAAAUAAAUCUUACAAUUUUUAACUUUGAA